GGCUGGGUGAUGAUGCCAUUGCUUAAUUAGUGUUGUUGUGAUCUGCAUUUGAGUGAUUUGUUUAGCACUUUGUGGCCCUUUUUGGCUUGAGCUCAUCAUGUGAUACUGACAAAGUGAUGAGAAAGGGAGUGCAAUGAUGCUUGAAUUAAUGCAGAGAUCACACCCCGAACCCGAACAUCUCAGGUCCUUUCUACCUGGGAUGUGGGACCUCAAGUCACUUGGUGGAACAUGAGUGAGUCUACACAGCCCACCUUCAAGAUCAUGAUUCUGGAAGGAAGUGGUGUAAUGAAUCUCAACCCCAGCAACAGUCUCCUCCACCAGCAGCCAACCUGGACAGACGGCUACUCCACGUGCAAUGUUUCCAGCGGGUUUUUCGGAGGCCAGUGGCAUGAAAUCCAUCCUCAGUACUGGACCAAGUACCAGGUGUGGGAGUGGCUCCAGCACCUCCUGGACACCAACCAGCUGGACGCCAGCUGCAUCCCUUUCCAGGAGUUCGAUGUCAAUGGCGAGCACCUCUGCAGCAUGAGUCUGCAGGAGUUCACGCGGGCAGCGGGGACGGCAGGUCAGCUUCUCUACAGCAACCUGCAGCACCUCAAGUGGAAUGGCCAGUGCAGCAGCGACCUGUUCCAGUCCACACACAAUGUCAUUGUCAAGACAGAACAAACUGACCCUUCCAUCAUGAACACAUGGAAAGAAGAAAACUAUUUAUAUGACACCAACUAUGGUAGCACAGUAGAUUUGUUGGACAGCAAGACGUUCUGUCGGGCCCAGAUCUCCAUGACAAGCACGGGUCACCUUCCUGUCGAGUCACCUGAGAUGAAAAAGGAGCAAGACCACCCUGCAAAGGCCCACACCAAAAAGCACAAUCCACGAGGGACUCACUUAUGGGAAUUCAUCCGUGAUAUCCUCCUGAACCCAGACAAGAACCCAGGGUUAAUCAAGUGGGAAGACCGGUCUGAGGGCAUCUUCAGGUUCUUGAAAUCAGAGGCUGUGGCUCAACUAUGGGGCAAAAAGAAGAACAACAGCAGCAUGACCUAUGAAAAACUCAGCCGAGCGAUGAGAUAUUACUACAAAAGAGAAAUUCUGGAACGUGUAGAUGGACGAAGGCUGGUAUAUAAAUUUGGGAAGAACGCACGUGGAUGGCGAGAAAAUGAAAACUGAACCUGCCAACACUUUGAACACAAACCCAAGCAUUCCCCAAAUGAUAGCAAGCCAAGAGCUCCUGGACAUAAGUAUUCCAAAGACUACUUUUCUCUGAUAUUUAUGUACCUUGAGGGGGAAAAACAUCCACUUCUAAUCGGAAGAAGGAACACUACGGUUGAUAAAAUUAUUUUGUUACUUUGAAGUAUGUCCUAUAUGGGGAACAAACGUACACAGUUUUCUGUGAUAUAUGAUGCUGUAUGUGGUCGUGAUUUGUUUUUGCCUCUAUUGUGAAGUUCCUUUCCACUGCAAGAAGAGCAGGAUUUGUAGCCUUGUGCUUCUUGCUAAGAGAAAGAAAAAAAAAUUAGAGGGCAUUAAAUGUUUUUAUAUGCAAAAUGAUUAGGAGAAGGUGAUGUGUCCUCUGUGCAUGAGCAUCCACGUGGCCUCAUCAGGAGAGGUGGGUGGGGUUGCUAGGAUGAACUCCAAAGUGUCAAGUUGACAGGAUGAAUCCAAGGAUGCUGGGAAGUUUAACUUGACCUUUAGGAGCCAGUGAGUGGAGCAUGAAGACUUCCAAAAUCCAAGUGGACUAUAAUCACUGCGUAAUCACAUGACUUGCAAUGCUUAAAUCAGCAAGAAUAAUGGUGAAGGCUUUCUACUCAUUCAAGAAUGAUUUACCUGAUGCCAAUGCUGUCUCUCUCCCUCCCUCUUCGAUGACUGGGGGAAAAAAAUCUUCAAAUGCCAUCUCUGCUCACUUCUAGGUAUUUAAGAGAGGCUCUAGCCUUGCUUGUUUUUAAUCCCAAUUGUUUGAAAAUAAAUGGGAAAAAGGA